AUGCCAUCUCAGUGCUCUUCCAUCUCUAUCGUCUACACGAUGUCUAACCGCAUCGGGAAGCUUCACCACUGCAAACAAUCCGCGGCAUUCAGAGAACCCAUCUUCAUUGCUAGUAGAGACAGCUCUCAUUCAUUCGAUUCCCUAACCGUUGAAUCUCACACUUUAUUAACCCGCGCACACCUUCCGUCCUCUCCGAGUGUAACAACGACGAAACCACAGGACUGCCAACUGGUCCGCUGGUCGUCAACGAACACACCUACUGGCCCGGCCACCCACAGCCUUGAUAGAAAGGGUUGGGAAAGCAGAAUCACAGAAAUCAGAAAUGUUUACCAUGAACCAUAUCCCCGAAUGGCCGUCGACAAGCGGUCAGUCAGCAGCGACGAGUUCCACUCCAAGUACGAUUACCUAAAGCCAAACGAAACUGCAGAGCAGGACUAUGUGGUUAUAUAUGCGGUCAUCGGACACCCCCAUCGAACAAGCCGUAGAGAGCUCUCCGUGGCCGCAUCCCAACUCCCCAAGCUCAUCACACCUUGUCUUCACGAUGUCCCGCUCCGUAUGAAAGAUCAAGAAUCCUCGCCAUAUGACCGGCACGUUCAGUUACUAUCCUCCCCCACCGCAGCUGAUAUCCUUCGAGCUCGGUCAUCUAUCAUUCAAUACAUACGCAUUUUUUUCUUGGACAGGUCUUUCAUGGAAGUGGAGACACCGAUAUUAGCAUCUGUGGCCGGCGGCGCGGUUGCCAGACCGUUCCAAACAUCCGCAACUGAAUUCCCUGACCGACCACUUUCGUUGAGGAUUGCCCCUGAGCUAUGGCUCAAGCGCCUGGUUGUUGGCGGAUUCGAUAAGGUCUUCGAGAUUGGCCCAUCAUUUCGCAAUGAAGGGCUGGAUAAAACCCACAACCCGGAAUUCACAACCUGUGAAUUCUACCACGCAUUCGCCGACCUGGAAACCUUAAUAACCCUGACCGAGUCUUUCUUCACGGGCCUUGACCGACACAUCCGCCAUCUAAACGAAACAUUAGAAACCCUCUCCCCGACCGCAACUAGUUUCGCAGCCCCCUUCCGCCGUCUCGACUUCAUCCCAGAUCUCGAAACGGCAAUGUGCCACAAGCUACCGGACUUUACCACCACCCCUACAGAAGAAGCAACCAAAACAGUCAUCCAGCUCUUCGAGCAACUCAGCCAUCCGCUCCCGACAAACCCCAACCUUCCCCGCCUCCUCGACAGACUAAGCGCCAUCUACCUCGAGCCGCAGUGCAGAGACCCAACCUUCAUCAUCAACCACCCGGAAUGCCUCUCACCACUCUCGAAGUCAUUCACGCACCCCACAUGCGGGCAGACCGUGGCAGCACGGGCGGAGCUCUUCAUUGACCAGCGGGAGGUGGUCAAUAUGUAUGAAGAAGAGAACUCACCGUUUGAGCAGAGGCGGAAGUUUGAGAUCCAGCUUGGGUUUCAGGUCCCGGCGGUGGAGGCGGAGGGGAAAAUGGAUGAGAAUUACCUGCAAGCGUUGCAGUGGGGGUUGCCACCGACGGGCGGGUGGGGGUGUGGGGUUGAUAGAUUGUGCAUGUUGUUUACGGGGGCGAAGCGGAUUGGGGAUGUGUUGAGUUUUGGGAAUUUGAGGAGCGUGACCCGGUCUGAGUAG